UUGCCCGCCGAGACGACCCCCCCCCACCCACCCCUUUUUAUUUGCGUGUUUGUGUUUGUUUCUUCAUGACUGCUGCUGUGGGAAGUGAGGCGCAACAUCAACACCAUGCGAGCCCAAAUCGAAGUUAUACCAUGCAAAAUCUGCGGAGACAAAUCAUCGGGGAUCCACUACGGAGUCAUCACGUGUGAGGGGUGCAAGGGAUUCUUCAGAAGGAGUCAGCAGAACAAUGCGUCCUACUCCUGCCCCCGCCAGAGAAACUGCCUCAUCGACAGGACCAACCGCAACCGGUGCCAACACUGCCGCCUUCAGAAGUGUCUCGCCCUAGGAAUGUCCAGAGACGCGGUUAAGUUUGGCCGGAUGUCCAAGAAACAACGUGACAGUCUGUACGCAGAGGUCCAAAAGCACCAAGCCCGACUACAAGAGCAGCGGCAGCAACAGACCGGAGAAGCGGAAGCCUUGGCACGCGUCUACUCAUCCAGCCUCACCAAUGGACUGUCAACCCUCAACCAUGAGAUUGGGGGCACCUAUGCCAACAGUCACGUCAUCGACCUGCCCAAGGGGGGCCACGGCAACGGCGCCGGACUUCCAGGGGGCUACUACGGGAUGGAUUCCACUCAGCCGUCUCCAGACCAGUCGGGUUUGGACAUGUCAGGCAUGAAGCACAUUAAACAGGAGCCGGUGUACGACCUGACGCCGGUACCCAACCUGUUCAGCUACGGAGGCUACCAGGACAGUCAACUGGGUCACAACAAUGUUAGCUUGGGAGAACUAGACCGCAUCGCUCAAAAUAUCAUCAAGUCUCAUCUGGAAACUUGUCAGUACACCUCGGAGGAGCUUCAGCAGUUAGCCUGGCAGACACACUCCUACGAGGAGGUCAAAAUCUAUCAGAGCAAGCCUCGGGACGUGCUGUGGCAGCAGUGCGCCAUUCAGAUCACGCAUGCGAUCCAGUACGUGGUGGAGUUCGCCAAGCGCAUCUCAGGGUUUAUGGAGCUGUGUCAAAAUGACCAGAUCCUCCUGCUCAAAUCAGGUUGUUUAGAGGUCGUCCUGGUGAGGAUGUGCAGGGCCUUCAACCCUCUCAACAACACUGUGCUCUUUGAGGGGAAGUAUGGAGGCAUGCAGAUGUUCAAAGCUCUGGGUUGUGAUGACUUAGUGAGCGCGGUGUUUGACUUUGCCAAGAGUUUGUGCUCACUGCAGCUGACGGAGGAGGAGAUCGCUCUCUUCUCAGCAGCUGUCCUCAUUUCCACAGAUCGUCCGUGGUUGAUGGAGCCCCGCAAAGUCCAAAAACUCCAGGAGAAGAUUUACUUUGCCCUGCAGCACAUUAUGCAGAAGAACCACAUGGACGAAGACGCAUUGGCGAAGCUGAUCAGUCGCAUCCCAACCCUGUCCGCUCUGUGUACGCUCCACACGGAGGAGCUUCAAGCCUUCCAGCAGCUUCACCCAGAGACCGUCAGCGUCCUCUUCCCUCCGCUCUACAAAGAACUCUUCAAUCCCGACCCGAACUCGGCCAUGUCCAUGCCCAAGUGACCGCCGGCUGCGGCGUUGCGACAAACAAUGUCGGCGGAGGAAGGAGAGAAUUAAAAGGACUGCUGUGUCUGACAAGACCACGUUGGCAAUAUCUACUAGGUCCUCAUCAUAUUUCACAGCCCCCCCCCCCCCCCUCGUUUCAUGUGAGGCUGUGGAUGUGGAUUGGGGGGGGGGUCACCUACCAUAAACUUACAGUUACUUGGAAUGUCCAGCACUUAUCCCAUCCGAUUCACCGAUACAGUCUGAAGAAUGUAUAUAAGAAAUGAAACGCACCCUGCGGGGGGCUCCUUCUCGUCUCCUGACCGGAAAUGUACAGACUUUAAAAAAAAAAAAAAAGAAAAUCUAGGGAC